AUGAAGCUGAACGUAGUCGUUGCACUGUGUGCUCUGUUCACCCUCACCCAACAGGCAUCCUCAGGUGAAAAGUGUACAUGUGACGUCCAUAAUACAGAGAAGGAAUUCCCUCACAGCAAACUCAAAACCAUGGAAAACAAUGUGACGGACUGCAACAACCAAAUCACAUCACAGAAGGUCUUGGAGCUGGAGAGUCUUCUGCUGGGACUGGAGCUGCGCCUUGACCAGCUGAAAGAGGACGUGUCCGUCCUGGAGAAGGAGGAUGACGGACAGCUGUAUGGAGUUCUCAGCCUGUAUGUUAUAGAGAAUGAAAUGGUUGAGAUCAAUCAGCUGAUAGACAAGCUCAACGGGACCACUCUUAGACACCAGCUCCUCACUGCUGACUCCUUUCAUCAGUUAGAGGAGCUGAGAAUAGAAAUGCAGGAGCUGGAGGAGUUUGAUACCAUGCAGGUGGUGAGAGGACGAUUUGACAACCGGCGUCUAAAGAAUGACCUGAACCUGUGCAGAAUAGGACUUAAUACCACAGCGGCUCCCCUUCAGCUAAAGUAUGGUACCUGUCCUCUGGGUCAUGUUCAAAAUAUCACGGGGCCAAGAGUGUACACGCAGGGAGAGUAUCCAGGGUCGUACUAUUAUGGAGCCUGGGGUCGGGAUCCCAAACCAUUGGCAGGAAAAGAGAGCUGGUAUUGGUUGGUAAUGUUGACAUCCAGCAAUGCAUACUCCCACUAUGUCCGUCUCUACUCUGGCCUGAGUGCUCUCAUCAUUGGCGUCAGCGUCCCAGGCAAUGUUCAGAUCCACCCCUCCAACCCGACCACCAACACCAUCCAGGGUCCAAAUGUGGUUCUGUAUGGAGGAGUUUUGUACUACAACUGCUUCAAUGAAUAUUCUAUUUGUCAUUUCAACCUCACAAGCAAACGUAUUACAAAGUUACAACUACCCAAAGGCACCAGGUAUAAUUCAAAGGGUAACUUCUGCCAUCUUGAAACAUGCUACCCGUAUACCGACCUGGACCUGGCCACAGAUGAGUCCGGGGUCUGGGUGAUCUACACCACCAACCAGGACUUUGGAAACCUGGUUCUGUCUAAGGUGGAGGAUGAACCACUGAGACUCGGCCAAACGUGGCAUACUUCGGUCUACAAGCAGAGCGUGACCAACACCUUCAUGGCAUGCGGCAUCCUUUACGCCACACGCUAUGUCAGCAAAAACCUGGAGGAGAUCUUUUACUCCUUCGACACCACAACUGGGAAGGAGAAUUUCAACGUUGGCAUCUUCAUGAACAAGAUGGCUGCCAACGUUCUUUCUCUGAACUACAGUCCAGUGGACCGGAUGCUGCAUGCCUACUGUGACACCCACAUGGUUUCUUACAAGGUCUUGUUUGAGUUACUGGGUAACGAAUUCCCAUAAAAGCCUGCUGACUAGUGCCUCCAGCAUGGAUAAACAUGAAACUGAAAUAAAACUACUUGUAUUCAAUUUCUGUAUAUUUUACUUUAUGAUUUCACCUUAACAUUUCAUCUUUGACUGCUCAGCUUCAGCAGCAUGAAAUAUCCAGGUUACACAGUUCUAUAUCUCAACAGUCAACGAUGCAAUCUUCUCAGGGUUUGACUUGGCUUAAAUAGCCACAAGAGUGGCCAACUUUUAACUUAAUUUAAACGUUUAAACUCUCUCCUUCUUUUAAGUUAACCUGAUGAGAAUGUUUUUUUUUUAUUUCAAUUAUUCACAUCUAGAGGCUUUUUUUUCUUGACACCCUCAAAACGUAAGGCUUACCACAUACUUCAAUCGCAAAGGCAACAUCAAAGAACAAGACGGAUGUCAGUAUCUGUGGGAGGUUUUAAUUUAACUCGCAUCUAAUCUGGAAAUGGCUGCUUGUUAUUUUGAUGGUUGUGAUGACGUAAUAAAUGUACUGCAUAUGACUGCCCUGUUUCUAUUUCUCUAUGUAUCAUUUGUUUAAAAACAUAGUUUUUACGUGUCCACAGGGAAUCCUUUAAAAGAGAAUCAAAUCUUUUUCCCUGCGUUAUGCAAACAGUUAAACAAUUUAUAUAAACUAUGUAUUUGAUCAUUCUUCCAGGUUGAUUUGUUUUGGU